UGGGAGAGGAAAUGAAACUCUUUUGGGUAAGAGGACAAGGUAAAGGAAGAGUCAUAUUUCAUCUAAGAAGUGAAGGAAGAGAGUUACAAGGAAGUAAGUCACCUCUUCUCUCAUUGGCUUGUGAUUGUCAGUUAACUCAUCAUGUAAACCCAAGACGCAGUCACAUACAAAGACGAAGAAGAUACUAGACACUCCACAGAGACGCAGCACAAAAUUAUACCAUGCCAAACUACAAACUCACUUAUUUUAAUAUGAGGGGGAGAGCAGAAAUUAUUCGUUAUAUAUUUGCAUAUUCGGACAUAAAAUAUGAAGACCACAGAAUAGAACAAGCUGAUUGGCCUGAAAUCAAACCAACUCUUCCAUUUGGCAAAAUCCCUGUUUUGGAAGUCGAUGGACUUAAUCUUCAUCAGAGCCUAGCAAUAGCAAGAUACUUGACCAAAAACACAGAUUUGGCUGGAAAAACAGAACUGGAACAAUGUCAAGUUGAUGCUAUUGUGGACACAUUGGAUGAUUUCAUGUCAUGUUUUCCUUGGGCAGAGAAAAAACAAGAUAUAAAGGAGAAGAUGUUUAAUGAGCUACUUACAUUUGAUGCACCUCAUCUUCUGCAAGAUUUGGACACAUACUUAGGGGAAAAAGAAUGGUUUAUUGGUAACUCUGUAACUUGGGCAGAUUUCUACUGGGAAAUUUGCAGUACUACACUUUUAGUCUUUAAACCUGACUUGCUGGACAUCCAUCCCAGGCUGGUGACAUUACGGAAGAAAGUCCAAGCGAUUCCUGCCAUUGCUGACUGGAUACAACGAAGGCCCCAAACCAAACUCUAGGUGAGGCCUGCUGCCUCGACUUUGUUCUUCACAGCAUUGCUCCCAUCAGAUAAGAAGCCACACAUCAGCAUGCCAUAGUAUACAUACUACCCUCAUUUGCUCCAUUAAGACUUUCGCUUUUGCCAUAUUCUGCU